GUUAAUAAAUAAAUAUAUGUUUAAAUAACCGGUCAUACGUAAGCCUUCAUUCUUUCCCAACACGAAUAAAUGUUCGGUUUAACUACCGACCGAUAAAAAUCGACUUGCCGGGAUUGGUUGACUCCGUAGAUUAUUUCUCACGUUAGGCAGGCGACGGUGGCGGCCGUCAAAAAGGAAACGCCGCGUACGUCCACGGUGUAUGAACAUCGUCGUUUGUCAAUGUUUUAAGAUGGCGGACGCGAACGAGAAGUUGUUGGCGGAACUCCUGAAAAAGCCUGGGAAUAACGUGUGCGCGGACUGUGGGGCCAAGAACCCGGAAUGGGCGUCUUACAACAUAGGCAUAUUCGUCUGCAAAAGAUGCGCCGGUGUGCACAGAUCAAUGGGAGCACACAUCUCAAAGGUGAAGCACUUGAAGCUAGACAGAUGGGAGGAUUCCCAGGUGAAUAGGAUGCGAGAAGUGGGCAAUGCCGCGGCUAGACUGCACUAUGAGGAACGCGUACCCUCGUGCUAUCGUAGACCAAGCCCAGACGCUCCGCAAGUUUUAGUCGAACAGUGGAUAAGAGCCAAAUAUGAGAGGGAGGAGUUUUGCCAUCCCGAAAGACAGAAUCACUAUGUGUCAGGUUUUAUGGAAGGAUUCCUGAUGAAGCGCGGCAAGGAGGACUCGCGUUACCACCCGCGAAAAUUUGUGCUCUGCGAGGCGGAGGAUACUCUCAAGUAUCACGUUAAAGAGAACAAGGAACCCAAAGCCAUCUUGAGGAUAUCGGAGUUGAAUGUGGCGUUCGUACCAACCAAGACAGGCAAUCAGAACAGUCUUCAGCUGUCGUUUAUGAAAGACGGCACCACGAGACAUAUCUACGUGUACCAUGAGGAUCCGGAAGUGAUCACGAAUUGGUAUCUCGCCAUCAGAUGCGCAAAGCUGCACCGCUUGCAGGUGGCGUAUCCAGGCGCGAGCGAAAACGAGCUGCUGUCGCAGCUAACGAGGGAUUUUCCGCGCGAGGGUUUCCUGUGGAAGACCGGACCCAGGCAUACAGACGCUUACAAGAAGAGGUGGUUCACAUUGGACGGCAGAAAACUCAUGUAUCACGAUGAUCCCAUGGAUGCGCAUCCGAAGGGUGAGAUCUUCCUGGGGCACAGUUCCGAGGGUUUCGCCGUGAAAACGGGAGUGCCGCCGGGCGCGAGGGACCAAGGAUUCUCAUUCACCCUCGAGACACCCGACAGGACUUAUUUGCUCUCUGCGCAAAGCGACGACGACAGGUCGCAGUGGAUCAAUGUGAUCCAAAAAGUAAUCGAUAAGCCACUAACGCCACAGGACGCGAGCGUAGCGGCGAGACUCGUAAGAAAGCGCACAGCCAGUGGUUCGAUGAAUAUAUUUUCGUCUACGAGAUAGGGCUGGAUUCCCCUUAGACGACUUUCUUAAUUAUCGGUAAUAUCGUACGAUCGAAUCGUCGAGAUAUAGACAAAUAUAUGACUCAGCAUGCGCGCACGGCUAUGCCUAUUAUUUACUCAUCCGAGUGCUGUUGCCGUUGAGUCAUGUAUUUACUCAUAUACCUGCGCACGGUAAUGUAGCUUACAUAGAAUAACGCAUAAGACUGCUCGAAGAUUGUUGACAAAAAAAACAGGGAAAAAAAAGUGGAAACUGCAAGCACACAACCGCGCUCCUCGAUGACAUUUUUGCGUUGCGAAGAUGCUUGUGUGUCGCUUUACUGUCUAAACGUAGCUUUUGGACAGUAUCGUAACAAUAUUAUACAAGGGAUUUUUACUUAGCAAUAACGUUGCGUGUGAUACUUGUCUCUGAUAGUGUAAAUGUUCGGACCGAGGAAAACUCUCUUCCACAAACGAUCUAUCGAACUGGCGAGGCUGGUUUAGAAUAGAGAACUUUUCUCAAAGAUUAUUUGUUAAUUCUCUCGCAGUAUUCUCUCUCUCUCCUUUUUUAUAUAUUUUUCUCAGUUGAGAUUCGUUUAAACUUCCAAGAUCGAUAUAAGGCCGCAAGAGUGAUAGCGAUACACUGUACAUAAACAAUAAAUUCUGAGGGCCUAUCACUUCUCAUUCUCGUUAUUUCCUCGAAAGGAAAACACUAUGUUGAAUACUGUGUACAACACGAAGUAUCGCUUUGUGUGUGUGUGUGUGUGUGUGUGUGUGUGUGUGUGUGUGUGUGUGUGGAUAAGGCUACCAUAAACAAAAACACAUUUACCGAAAAGUCAGAAACACUGAAAGUCGAACUGUUUUUACACAUGUGCCAAUCAUGGAUUAAACAUUGUUUUGGUA